CCUCUCAAAGUUGUUUUACUUUUGCGCAUACGCAAUAGUAGUGACUAAUUAAAAAAAAAAAAAUUGAAUCCAUAAAAAAAUUAAUUUAAAAGAAAAAAAAUGAUCUGACAAAUAAUAUUAUUAAUCAUACAAUCAAUAAAAAAAAUUAACUAUCUAUCAAAUUAAAAAAAAAACCAAUCGAUUAGCAAGAGAAAGUGCCAACUUAAGAACAAAAACUUGUUUAAUUUUUUCAAAAUAAACUAUCAUCAUAAAAAUGAAAAAUGAUAUCGAACAUUGACGGACAAUAAACAGACAAUUGAAUUGUUUAUAACAAAAUUUAAUAAACUAAUUUUUAAGCGCCAAGUUUAUAAAAAUGAUAAAAAAUGUCGCUGUCAAAGUGGUAGGUGGCAGAUAGUGGGUUUGUUUCCAAAUACGUCACCAUAGCCACGUUGGUCAUAUUAUCGUUAAUAAUGUCGAAUUAGUGAUAAAUACAUCAAGGAAAUUAUUUAAUAUUUAGACUAUUAUAUAUUUUGAAACUAAUCAAGAACAUAAAAUGGAUAUUAAACUACAAAAUAUAUUCCUUUUAAUGGGUUUACUUAUAUUUAAUAUUGAUUUUACUUAUGGUCAAAAUCGUAUAAAGCCGGGACAAACUUCUUUGUCAGAUCGUGUUCAACAACUAACUGAAAUGGCUAUGAAAAAGCCAGUUUUUAAGUUUAAUGGAGCUAAAUUUAAAGAAUAUGUUAAGACUCCACCAAGAAAUUAUUCUAUUAUUGUUAUGUUUACUGCCAUGGCACCACAGCGUAAAUGUCAAAUAUGCCAGCAUGCCCACGAGGAGUUUAUAACAGUUGCAAACUCAUUUCGCUAUUCUCAAUUUUAUUCAAACAAGUUAUUCUUUGCAACUGUCGAUUUCGAUGAGGGAUCAGAUGUUUUUCAAAUGAUGCGAUUGAAUACUGCUCCGGUGUUUAUACACUUUCCCGCAAAAGGAAAACCUAAAUCAGCCGAUACUAUGGAUAUACAACGAAUCGGAUUUAGUGCAGAAGCAAUAGCAAAAUGGAUUUCAGAACGAACUGAUAUUCAGAUUCGUGUAUUCAGACCUCCUAAUUAUUCUGGCACUGUAGCUGUUAUCAUGUUAUUAAUUUUAAUAGGAGGAUUCUUAUAUUUAAGACGAAAUAACUUGGACUUUAUUUAUAACAAAACUAUUUGGAGUUUAGGUGCUAUGUUCUUUACUCUUACAAUGAUCUCUGGACAAAUGUGGAAUCAUAUCAGAGGUCCUCCUUUUAUUCACAAGGCAGCAAAUGGAAAUAUUGUAUAUAUACAUGGAUCAUCUCAAGGUCAAUUUGUCUUGGAAAGCUAUAUUGUCAUGAUUUUAAAUGGAGCUGUAAUUUUAGGCAUGCUUUUAAUGACAGAAGCUGCAUGUCGAAAAGGUGAUAUUAAAAAGCGACGAAUUUUCGCUGUGAUCGGUUUAGGUUUAGUCGCUGUAUUUUUCAGCCUUUUACUAUCUAUUUUCAGAAAUAAAGCACAAGCUUAUCCGUACAGUCUUCUUUUCAAAUGAACAGUAAACUUUGCGUAACUGGCAAUAUCUCAAAUUUGUUUUGGAAGUAAAAUGGCAUAUUUACACCAAAAUGUUAGAGAUGGCAAUUGUUCAUCAAUGAAAUAAUUGAUUAAAACAACCAUUUUCAUUACAAUUCAUAGUUAAUCAUAAUAAUUUAAAGAUCAUCUGGACACUAUUAUUCCAAGAAUUCUUGUUUCGUGAAAAAUUUCAAUCAGAAUAAAUAUGUUGUAAUAAUUUAA